GAGAGAGAGAGAGUGUUCAGAGAGAUAAGAAGAAAGAUUGAGACAGAGAGAGACGAGAUUAGCAAAAGAGCUUGUGGAGCGGAGUCAGCUAGCGGGGCACAGUGGUGUGGAUCUGGUGCUGGUUCUGGUUCUGGUUCUGGUUCUGCUGAGGUAUGGAGCUAUGGCGCCAGUGUGCAGCCUGGCUGAUCCGGUGCCGGGUGCUGCCAGAGAACCACCGCGUCACCUGGGACUCGGCACAGGUGUGCGACCUGGCUCACGCGCUGCGGGACGGUGUGCUGCUCUGCCAGCUCCUCAACAACCUGCUGCCCCAGUCCAUCAACCUGAAGGACAUCAACCUGCGGCCACAGAUGUCUCAGUUCCUCUGUCUGAAGAACAUCAGAACCUUCUUGUCCACCUGCCAGGGCCGCUUCAGGAUGAAGAAGAGCGAACUAUUUGAGGCCUUUGACCUCUUCGAUGUGAGGGACUUUGGCAAGGUGAUUGAAACGCUGUCAUCCCUGUCCUACACAUCGAUUGCAACAGAGCGGGGAAUCCAGCCAUUUCCAUUAGAGGGCAGUGUUCCCGAUGAAGAAAUCUACAAUGGCCUGUCCGACCAGAUAGAUGACACAGCAGAUGAGGAUGAUGAUCUGUAUGACUGUGUGGAAGACGAGGUUGAUGAAGGAGACGAGAUCUAUGAGGACCUGAUGAGGGCAGAUGCCCAGGAGCAGAAGAUGCCAGAGGUGGACAAGAGGAACUGCUGCCUGCAGGAGAUCAGACAGACAGAGGAGAAGUACACUGACACCCUGGAGUCCAUAUUAAAGCACUUCAUGAAGCCUCUCCAGCGGUUUCUGCAGCCUCAGGACGUUGAGAACAUUUUCAUCAACAUCAAGGAGCUGGCCUCUACACACCGCAGCCUCCUGGAGGAGAUCCGCACCUCCAUUCUCUCCUGUGGGGCGGAGAACCUGUACCAGGUCUUCAUCAGUUACAAGGAGAGGUUACUGCCCUACGGCCGCUACUGCAGCCAGGUGGAGUCGGCCACCAAACACCUGGACAAGAUCGCCAGCACUAAAGAGGAUGUGCGCAUGAAGCUGGAGGAAUGCUCCAAACGAGCAAACAGCGGCAGAUUUUCCCUGCGAGAUCUCCUCAUGGUCCCCAUGCAGAGGGUCCUUAAAUAUCACCUACUUUUACAGGAGCUGGUGAAACACACCACUAAUCCUGCAGAGAAAGAGAAUCUGCGCACAGCCUUGGAUGCCAUGCGGGACUUGGCGCAGUGUGUGAACGAAGUCAAACGAGACAACGAGAUCCUCCGGCAGAUCACCACCUUCCAGCUGUCCAUCGAGAACAUGACCCAGUCUCUCGCUCUGUAUGGCCGUCCCAAAAUUGACGGAGAACUGAAGAUUUGCAGUUCAGAGAAGAGAUCCAAACAGGACAGGUACGCCUUCCUGUUCGACAAGGCCAUGCUGGUUUGUAAGAGGAAGAGUGGAGACAACCUGGAGCUGAAAAAGCUGAUCGAACUGCAGAACUAUCAGGUCCUGGAUGAUCCGGGAGGAGAACGGGACAAUAAGAAGUGGUCCAGUGCGUUCUAUCUAAUAGACUCCUACGAUGACAGCAGCUACGAUCUCUACUUCAAAACCAAGGAGCUGAAGAGGAAAUGGCUGGAGCAGUUUCAAAUGGCUCAGUCGAACAUGUUCCCUGAUAACCACACAGCCAACAACCAUGACUUCCAGAUGCACUGCUUUGAGGAGACCACGUCCUGCAAGGCCUGCUGCAUGCUGCUCAGAGGGAUAUUCUUCCAGGGUUACCGCUGCACACGCUGUAAGGUAGCAGCUCAUAAAGAAUGCCUGGGCAGAGUCCCUGCCUGCGGACGGAACUCAGACACCUCUGGCACCAUGAAAAAGAACAAGAACCAGCGGUCCGGAGGCAGCAGGCCACCUGAUUCAGUCUUGCCAAAGAUGGAGGUCUGUCAGGAGUAUUUUGGAUUGCCUCCACCCCCCGUUGCAUUCGGCCAACCGCUGCACCUCUCCAUGGGUGAUGUCAUCGAGCUGAUGCGGGCAGAGGUGGAUCUGCAGUGGUGGGAGGGCCGGAAUAUGGCGGUGGGAGAAACGGGCUGGUUUCCUUCUUCUAAAGUGCGACCCUUCAUCCCAAGAGCCACUCCAGAUUUGACGGGGUUCCCCUGGUUUGCAGGGAACUUGGACCGAGCAGCUGCCAAAAACCUGCUGCAGACGCGCUCGGACGGAACGUACCUGGUCAGGCAGAAGGAUGCCGGCGAGUUUGCGGUCAGCAUCAAGUUCAAGUUGGACACCAAACACAUAAAGAUUACAUCUGCAGAGGGGCUUUUUCGCAUCAACGAGAAGAAGGCCUUCAAAGGGUUAAUUGACCUGGUGGAGUUCUAUCAAAAAAACACCCUGAAGGAGUACUUCAAAGACCUGGACACACCCCUACAGUUCCCCUUUAAAGAGCCAGAGCACAGUGCCAGCCCACCUGCUCCUACAGGGGGCAUCACGCGAUACUUUGGCACAGCCAGGGCGCGUUACGACUUCUCGGCUCGAGACCGCACCGAGCUGUCCCUGCGUGAGGGGGACACGGUGAAGAUCAUCUCCAAAAAGUCUUCCAACGGCUGGUGGAAGGGGGAGGUUUAUGGCAGGGUGGGACUGUUCCCAGCCAACUAUGUAGAGGAGGAUUACUCAGACUACUGCUGACCACAUGAGACCAGAGCUCCGCCCCCCUGAGGCCAGCACCAUCCUAUCCCAGCACAGAAGGGGUCCAGUCCUCCCAUCCUGGAGCCGGACCCUGGCCCCCACUUUUCAGUGCUGUGAACUUGCGGUGUCCCAGACAGAGAGUUACGCUGCACCUGCAGGGGGACCCCAGCGGAUAUCAUCAGUGUGGCUGAUUCUGAUCCAACACACAGCCCUCCUGCUAUCCUGUAUGUGCAUGUGCAUGUGCGUGUGUGUGCGUGUAUGCGUGUGUCUGUGUGUGUCUGUGUUUGCGUGUGCAUGUGUAUGUGUGUGUGUGUACAUGUGUGUGUGUGCAUGAGUAUGUGUGUGUGUGUGUGUGUGUAUCUGUGUGCGCCUUUCCUCUGCCUGUACCUCACCCUGUCGGUGCCAUGCCCCUAACUGUGACCCUGUCUUCACCCCAUUCCUGACAGACAGGCCUGGGAGACCUCACUGUGCUGUAGUUACAUUUUGUUUAUUAGUCAUGUUUCAGUGUGCUGAAUUCUCUACGUAAAUAAAUAUGUUUAUAUUAAUUUAA